UUUGUACGUUGUUGGAAAGCACCCAUGUUAUGAUGAUGACGCGAAUAUAAAAGCACGCUUUUCUGCCGGCCUCAGUCACGAUCCAAACCGGCGGUGUGGAUUGCGUUGCAUUCAGCCAUAUGGUCAACUCACGGAUACACGUGCUUUUCUUUGUGGUGUGCCAAUUACAUUUUCUCAAAUAAAAUGCCGGCGGGAAACGAGGAUGAUGUGAAGCUGUUCCAGUCAAUCGGUUUGAGUGAGCAGAAGGCCAAGGAAACCUUAAAAAAUGCGAACGUUACGAAGAAUCUCAAACUGGCAAUAAACGAGGCAGUUAAACAUGGCUCUAUUACUCAAGAUACUGGUGUCUUGCUAUAUCAUUUGGCUUCCAAAAUUAAAAAUCAGAUUGCAGACAAAAUAUCAUUUAUUACUAAUUACAUAGUUGAAAAGAAGCUAGAUAAUAUACAGAGGUUAGAUGUUGCAUUGAUUUAUCUGUUGGCCAAUGUGAAUGAUGAUUUGGAUAUAACAAAAUUUGAAGAAUCCUGUGGUAUAGGGAUAAUAAUUUCACCUGAACAGAUAGAAGAGGAAGUGGAGAAGAUAAUAAAGGCACAUAAAGAUGAGAUAUUAGAGAAGAGGUAUCGCUUUAAUUCUGGUCCGUUAAUGCAACAAGUACGCAAUGUUUUAAAAUGGGCAGAUGGUAAAGCAAUAAAGAAUGAAUUUGAUAUCCAACUUCUUGAUUUACUGGGUCCAAAAGUUGAAUCUGAUCUUGCCUCAGUGCCUAAACAAGCAAAGCAAUCAAAAGACAAACAGAUGAAAACAAAGAAGACUGAAAUUACAAAAGAUGAACAAAAAGAAAUGUCAAAUAAUGAAAAAGUAGGAGUGCAAACCAUAAGUGAACUCAUGAAGACUAAAGUUAAUUUUCACAAACCUGGGGAAAAUUAUAAAACCGAUGGCUAUAUUGUGACACCAUAUACACAUCAUUUACUACAAAAACAUUUGGAAGCUACUGGAGGCAAAGUGAUAACAAGAUUCCCACCGGAACCCAAUGGGAUUUUGCAUAUUGGACAUGCAAAGGCUAUCAACAUCAACUUUGGAUAUGCUACUGCUUACGAUGGCAUAUGCUAUUUGCGAUAUGAUGAUACAAAUCCAGAAAAGGAAGAGGAAAAAUUCUUUGUUGGUAUACAAGAAAUGGUGGAAUGGCUCGGUUACAAACCAGCUGCUAUUACACACUCGUCAGAUUAUUUCCAACAGUUAUAUGACUGGGCCAUAGAACUUAUAAAAAAAGAUUUAGCCUAUGUUUGUCAUCAAUCUAGUGAGGAAAUGAAAGGUUUUAAUCCUCCUCUGAGUCCUUGGCGCGACAGGCCAAUUGAGGAAAGCUUGCAAUUGUUUAAUGAUAUGAAAGAUGGUUUAUUAGAGGAAGGUGAAGCGACUUUACGCUUGAAAGUGACUUUAGAAGAAGGCAAGCAAGAUCCUGUUGCAUACAGGAUAAAAUACUCGCCACAUCACCGAACCAGUGACAAAUGGUGCAUCUAUCCUACUUAUGAUUACACCCAUUGCUUGUGUGAUAGUAUCGAAAAUAUCACUCAUUCCCUCUGCACAAAAGAAUUUCAAUCACGAAGAUCAUCCUAUUAUUGGCUUUGCAACUCCUUGAACAUUUAUUGUCCUGUACAAUGGGAAUAUGGCCGAUUGAACGUCAAUUAUACAGUAGUUUCCAAAAGGAAAAUUGCUAAAUUAAUACAAGAAGGAAUAGUGUCCGAUUGGGAUGAUCCUAGAUUAUUUACAUUAACGGCGCUACGUAGACGUGGAUUUCCGCCAGAAGCUAUAAACAAUUUUUGUGCUCAAAUGGGUGUAACUGGUGCACAAGCGACUGUUGAUCCGGCAGCUUUAGAAGCAGCUGUUAGGGAUAUUCUAAAUUUCACUGCUCCUCGACAUAUGGUGGUUCUAGAACCUAUUAAAUUAACUAUUAGAAAUUUCUCUCACGAGAAAGCCAUAAAGCUUAACGUCUCAGAUUUUCCUAAUGAGCCCGAAAAGAAACAUCAUGAAAUUACAUUUGAUGAAAUUGUAUAUAUUGAAGCUAUGGACUUCAAAGAAAUUGAAGAAAAAGAUUUUAGACGUUUGACACCAAAACAACCUGUAGGUUUGAAACAUGCAGGCGUUGUAAUAACAUUUGAGAAUAUCGAGAAAGAUGCCAGUGGUAACAUUACGAACAUCGUUGUUAGACAAGAUCCUGUUUCAAAAAAAAAUAAACCAAAAGCAUUUAUACACUGGGUAUCCAACCCAUCAUUAGCAUCUGUCAGGCUAUAUGAGCGUUUAUUCAAACAUAAAAAUCCAGAAGACACAAACGAAGUACCGAAUGGAUUUUUGAGCGAUAUUAAUCCAUCCAGUAAAAAGGAGAUCGUUGCUUAUAUGGAUGGUAGUCUAGCUAAAACAGCGGAAGUAAACGAUAAAUUUCAAUUUGAACGUAUAGGCUUUUUCUCUGUUGAUCUUGACACCAAACCUGGCAAGCUUGUCUUUAAUCGUACUGUAACAUUGAAAGAAGAUGCAGGAAAGGUGUAAAUAUAUUUUUCGAGUUAAUUAUAUCGCCAAAAAAUAUA